CGUUUCCUGUGCGGAGUAAAAUCAACUUCCUUUUUCCUUCAGAUUUAGUUGAGUUGCCCGGUUUGCCUGCCCUUCGGUGACACAUUGAAGAAACUCAGGGAAUAGAGAACUAAGUGUGAGCGGCCGCCUGUGCUGCUGACAGAGAGAGGGCGAGGGGUCCCACACUAAGGGCUUCCCAUUCGUGAGGGAAGAAAAGCAGCUUUUAGGGGAAGAAGUGUCGACUUGUAUAACUGCAACUCUCAGCUGCUGCUUCAUCCCAUUCAUCCUGCGGCCUUCCCUCAAUUCCACCUCAUGAGGAGGCUCCAUUGGAUUGUCUGAGGAAAACUCCACUCCCCAUUGGAUGGAGAUCUUGUUGUGCCUGUGUCAGAUCUUUGUGUUGCUGCCCAGACUCGAGCACUUGGAUAACUACCCCCAGACACCCCUCUUGUUGUUACAGGGCCUUUCACUUUACCUUUAACUGAGGGGGGAAACUGUGGACUAAGGGCCUGUACCCUGAGGAGAGACACAAAUCUAUUCCGCAGCAAGACUUGUAUUCGAGAGGCUGAACACUGGCAAGGGAUUGUUAUACACAGGUUGAACUAUAACCUUCUGUCUGCGGCCCCCUCACUUAUAAGUGUCGCUGCACCUUCUGGAGAAGACGGCGACUACAAUGAUCCUUCAAGCACUUUCUUAAGAAACUGUACAGAGAGAUCAGAAAGACAUAAGGAGUGAUUUACGGUGCACUAGAGCAGUGAUCCCCAACCAGUGGCUCUGGAUCCCUCAUUCGAGACAAAAUGAGUUCUUUGUUGGAGCGACUGCAUUCUAAAUACAGUCAGAAUCGGCCAUGGCCCGAAACCAUCAAACUAGUGCGGCAAAUAAUGGAAAAACGGACUGGAAUGAUGUCUGGCAGCCAACAGCAACUUGUCAGUUGUUUGGAGACCCUGCAGAAAGCUUUGAAAGUUUCGUCUUUGUCUGCAAUGACCGAUCGUCUGGAGUCAAUAGCAAGACAGAAUGGCCUUACAUCCCACCUGAGUCCAAACGGCACUGAGUGUUAUAUUACUACAGAUAUGUUCUACCUUGAAGUUCUUUUGGAUACAGAAGGACAACUGUGUGAUGUAAAGGUGGCCCACCACAGAGAGAACCCAGUGAGUUGUCCAGAGCUGGUUGAGCAACUAAGAGAGAAGAACUUUGAGGAGUUCUCACAGCAUCUGAAAGGCCUGGUGAACCUGUAUAAGGUGCCGGGGGAUAACAAACUGGAGACAAAAAUGUAUCUUGCCCUUCAGUCUUUAGAGCUUGACCUCACGAAGAUGGCUGCUAUGUACUGGCAGGCCACCAAUGCCACUGUGCUGGAAAAAAUACUGCAUGGUACAGUUGGGUACCUGACUCCAAGAAGUGGAGGCCAGGCCAUGAGCCUGAAGUAUUAUAUAUCUCCGUAUGAUUUGUUUGAUGACAUCACAGGGGCAAGCGUAUCUCUCAGCGAAGGACAUGCGGUUCCUAAAUUGCUUGGAAUGAAUAUGUCUGUAACGAUAGAAGCUACCUCCACCAUGUACAAGCUGCCUAUCGCCCCACUAAUUAUGGGCUCCCAUCCCAUUGAUAACAAAGGGACUCCAUCCUUCACUUCCAUAACAAAUGCCAACAGUGUGGACCUCCCAGCUUGCUUCUUUCUCAAGUUCCCACAACCUAUUCCAGUUUCCAGAGCAUUUAUACAAAAAAUCCAACAUUGCACUGGUAUCCCACUGAUCGAUGGGUCCCAUACUUUCCUGCCUCAUUAUGAGCUGGUCACCCAGUUUGAGUUGGCCAAAGAAAAGGACCCUGGACCAUUAAACCACAACAUGCGGUUUUAUGCGUCUCUGCCUGGGCAGCAGCAUUGCUAUUUUCUCAAUAAAGAUGCCCCUCUCCCUGAUGGAAGAUCUCUGCAAGGAACAUUGCUGAGUAAGAUUCCGUUCCAGCACCCUGGUCGUGUGCCCAUCAUCCUUAGCCUGAUCCGGCACCAAGUAGCUUGCAACACAUUGAUUGGGAGCUGUGUUAAGCGCACCAUGCUGAAGGAGGACUGCCCUGGCCUUUUGCAGUUUGAAGUGGCUCCCCUCUCGGAUUCCUGCUUCAGCAUCUCUUUCCAGCAUCCAGUCAAUGACUCUCUAGUGUGUGUUGUGAUGGAUGUGCAGAAUUCCACUCAUGUGUCUUGCAAACUUUUCAAAGGGCUAUCUGACGCGCUCAUCUGUACAGAUGACUUUAUUACCAAAGUGGUUCAGAGGUGCAUGUCAAUACCUGUAACAAUGAGAGCCAUUCGUAGGAAGGCAGAGACUAUACAGGCGGAUACACCAGCCCUUUCUCUCAUUGCUGAGACCGUGGAGGACAUGGUAAAGAAGAACCUUCCUCCAGCCAGUAGUCCUGGUUAUGGAAUGACUUCUGGCUCUACUGCACUUAGUGGUAUAACUACCCCAACCAGCUCAUAUACUUCGGGGCAAAUUUCUUCCCUUUUCAACAUGGGUAUAAAGGAGCGACAUGACACUACAAGCCACGGAGAUGACUUCAAUAAAGUUACUCAAAAUCCCAUACUCACCAGUCUUUUGCAAAUCACAAGCAACACUGGGGGAACACUGGGCUCAAGUCCCACACAACCCCAACACACUCCACCUCCAGUCUCUUCCCCAGCAAGUAAUACCAAGAACCACCCUAUGUUGAUGAAUUUGCUGAAAGACAACCCAGCACAAGACUUUUCCGCCUUGUAUGGUGGUAGUCCGCUGGAGAGACAAAAUUCCUCAGGAUCGCCUCGUACUGAACUUGGUACUUUAGCAACUGGAAAACCCAAGAAAAAAAGACCCAGGACAGGGGCAGAGAAGAUGAAGAACCAGACAGAGGAUGACUUUCAGAGGGAGCUCUUCUCCAUGGACGUGGACUCUCAGAACACCAUAUUUGAUGUGGGCAUGGCAGGUGAUGCUCUGGACACCCCUCACAUCACACCAGCACCAAGCCAGUGUGGCACACCACCAACCGUGUAUCAACAGUCUAUACCGCAUGCUCAAUCUAACAUGCAGAGAAUGUUGAGGAUACCUAGCACGGAUGCCAUUAUCCCUGAUGUCACAGACAUUCUCUCAGACAUUGCAGAGGAGGCCUCCAAGCUGUCUGGACCUGGGGAAGAUUGUCCUAACCUUGGAACUCCUGUGAGGGACUCCUCCAGCUCUGGACAUUCUCAGAGCACCCUUUUUGACACUGACGUGUUCCAGGUGGAUGGAGGUGCUGGCAGCGGUGGAGAAAAUCCAUACCCAGAUCCAGUUGAUCUCAUUGACUCACAUGGGAGUCCAAACAGUGACUCCCCUAACACCUUUUUCAACAGUGUUGACUUCAACCCAGACUUGCUCAAUAGUCAGAGUCAGAGUGGUUUUACAGAUGACCUAAAUGAUGACAGCAGCCAGAGCGGGGAUAAUGAUUUUAAAGACUUUGCUGGGUCAGGGCUUGCCUCUUUGGGUAUUGUCUCAGGGCUUCCAGUUGAUGGAGGUGAUGGUAAAUACAAGAUGGCUUUAGGUGCAGAUACGGUGGACUUCAGCAUUAUUUCAGGUGGAGGUAGUAAAACUCUAGUUGGCCCAGAUAUUCAGGAAACACAGAGCAGGAGCCAGUCCCCACUGCUUGGUAGUGAUUUGGGAAAAGAUAGGCCCCAAAAGCAAAAGGCAAAGGAAAGCAGCAACGGUGGAGGAGCAGGGGGAGGACUAAGUGGAAUGCAAAGUGCUGGAAUGGAAGGAAAGUCUAUGAAACGCAGUCGUACCCCUUCCAGUGAUGGGAAGAGCAAGGAUAAGCCACCCAAGCGCAAAAAGGCUGAAUCAGAGGGUAAGUCACCAUCACAUAUAACCAACCGUCCUUUCACCCCACCUACAAGUACAGGAGGCUCUAAGUCUCCAGGAACCUCUGGAAGAUCGCAGACCCCUCCUGGUAUGGCCACCCCUCCUAUACCCAAAAUAACCAUCCAGAUUCCUAAGGGAACAGUGAGUGUUGGGAAACCAUCAUCCCACAGUCAGUAUAGCAGCAGUGGGUCAAGUAGUUCAUCAAGUAGUAAAAGCCACCAUGGGCAUUCCUCAUUGUCAUCUUCGGCCUCUGGGAAGAUUAAAAGCAACAAGUCUGAUGGGUCUUCUGGAAUGAAGAUUGGGAGCAGCGGAGGAGGAAUGUACACUGGCCAAAGUGGGCAAUCAAACAGCCAAUCCAAAAAUAGUUCUCAGUCUAUGGGAAAGGCAGGUUCUUCACCCAUCACUAAGCAUGGUCUAAGUAGUGGUGUCAGUAACUCUAGUGGCAGUAAAACUAAGCCACAAGGGAAGCCUUCAGUAUUAAUGAACCCUUCCUUAAGUAAGCCAAACAUUUCCCCCUCACAUUCCAGGCCAUCGGGAGGUUCUGAUAAGCUGUCAUCUCCUAUGAAACCCAUGCCAGGGACUCCUCCAUCCUCUAAAGCCAAGUCCCCAAUUGGUUCUGGCGGUCAGCACUUGUCUGGGAGUGGGUCGAACUCCACAACAAAGUCCUCCUCUGGGCUUGUGUCCUCUGGAUCUUUAACCCAAAAGCCGAAUUCCUCCUCGUCCUCAUCAUCAUCCUCUUCAUCGUCCUCAUCAUCAUCAUCCUCCUCUUCCUUUUCUGGUGGUGUUUCCCAAAACCUUCACAGCAAUUCAAAGGGAAAGUCCCCUAGCAGGAACAAAAAGCCUUCUUUGACAGCUGUCAUAGACAAGCUGAAACAUGGUGUAGGCACAGGAGGGCCUGGUUCAGAAGACCCUAUGGAUGGUGGGGGAGGAGGUGGCAGUACUGGGGUGCCUAGUCAUGGCAUGUCUUCUAAACAUGGAAUGGUUGUAGGUGAGUUUCCACCAAAACGAGAAAAGAGUGAGAAGGACAAGUCCAAAGGACCAGGUUCUGGAGGGUCGUCUGACCCUUCCAAAAAAGGAGGAGGGGAUUCUAAGGGCUCUGUGAGCACAGGUGUGGCUAAAAUUAUUAUCAGCAAGCAUGAUGGGGGCUCUCCCAGUAUAAAAGCAAAAGUGACAUUACAGAAACCAGAAGGCGGUGGGGAUGGACUUCGAUCACAGAUGCAAAAAAACUACGGCUCUCCAUUAAUUAGCGGUUCUACUCCAAAACAUGAAAGAUGUUCACCAAGUCAUAACAAGUCCCCAGCAUAUACCCCUCAGGCGCUGGACAGUGAGAGUGAAUCCGGCUCCUCUUCUAUAGCAGAGAAGUCUUACCAAAACAGCCCAAGCUCAGACGACGGAGGGGGCAGCGGAAAUAGGGCCCAGACUGAGUAUAGUGCAGAGAAACACAAAAAGCACAAAAAGGAGAAGAAGAGGCUCAAAGACAAGGACAGGGACAGAGAGAAAAAGAAAUCUUACAGCAUGAAGUCAGAAAGUUGGUCCAAGUCUCCAAUUUCCGUUGACCCCACCAUGGUCAUGUCUGGAGGUUCCAUGCUGAGCUCCGACCGAGGUGUCCGGCCAACUCCAAGUUUCCUCAUGGGUGACGACGACUUAAUGGAUAUGUCGCUCACCUUAUAGAACCCCGAAACUUCAUCAGUGCUGGACUUUGUCUCUUUGAGGUGCAACUAAAGCUUUGCUUGCCCACUCUGACGGUAUCUCCGCUAUAUUUUUUACUACGUUGGUCCUAUUUUAAAUAUAUUUAAGUUUUUAUUUAAAUGUAAAAGCUCCUUUGUCCCAAGGUUAUUUUAACUGGUUUUACCUAUGCCACUGUAUAGACACAGCCAUUUUGCAGUUUUAUAUAUUAAAUUUGGGUGCCCAGUUUUUCUUUUAAGUGCUAUUUUUUUUAAUUGAAAUUGGGUUUUUUGUCUUUAAAGGGGUUGUUCACCUUUAAACACUUUUUUUUCAGUUCAGUUGGUUUCAGACAGUUCUCCAGAAAUAGACUUUUUUUCCAAUUACUUUCUAUUUUCUAUGCGUGACUGUUUUUCUAUUAUGUGUGAAGUGUCAUUUUUUCACCUACUAAAGCAGCUCUGGGAGGAGGGGUCGCCGACCCUGUAAACUGUUCUAAAGUGAUACAUUUCUUAUGUUUGUCCCUACAAUAGUUAUUAAUACUCCAGAGAUGCUACUGAGAAAUCAACUGGGGAUGCACCGAAUCCAGGAUUUGGUUCAGGAUUCCGGCUUUUUUCAGCAGGAUUCGGCUGAAUCUAACCCUAAUUUGCUUAUGCAAAUUAGGGGUGGGAGGAAAAUUGCGUGACUUUUUGUUACAAAAUAAGGCAAGUAAUAAAAGUUUUCCCCUUCCCACAACUAAUUUGCAUAUGCAAAUUCGGAUUUGGCUCGGUAUUCGCCCAAAUGUUUUGUGAAGGAUUCGAGGGUUCGGCCAAAUCCAAAAUAGUGGAUUCAGUGCAUCCCUACUAUCAACUAAAUGUUGCAAAAUUGUAACAGUUCAGAAUCUGCUCCAGAAUUACUGAGCUGCCGGACUCAAACAUCAGAGACAGAAAUUUAAACUCAGAUUUUCGAAAAAAUUGUUAAAAAAUGGAAGGCAAUUUGGAAAAAAAAGUCUCUAUUUCUGGGGAACAAUCUGAAAACAAGUGAACUGAAAAAAGUGUUUGGAAGGUGAACAACCCCUUUAAUACAGAGGCUCAAUUUUGGCUGUGGAGCAUAGGGGGGAAAUAUUGCACCCCCAUGUCAGGCUUCUGGUGCCAUAUUGGCUGUGGAUCAAGCAGAGGCAAUAUUACACUAGUAAUGGGUUGGAUAUUCAAGAGACUCUAGCAACGACACAAAAAGCCUUUUAUUUUUUUUUAUUAAAAUAACAUUAACUCUGGGGCCAAAAUAGACAUUUUAAGUUAAAACCAUUUUUAAAGCGGUUGUUCACCUUUAAUUAACUUUUAGUAUGCCGAAGAGAGGGAUACUCUGAGACAAUUUGCAUUUUUUUUAUUAUUUGUGGUUGUUAUUUUUCUUAUUAUUCAGCAGCUCUCCAGUUUGCAGUUUCAGCAGUCUAGUUGCUAGGAUCCAAAUUCACCUAGUAACCAUGCACUGAAUUAAAUAAGAGACUUGAAAAUGAAUAGGAGAGGCCUGAAUAGAAAAAUGAAAGAUUUCAGCUGGGGUCCAGCAUUGGGGUUCACAUUCCCCUAGCAACCAUAAAUAAGAGACUGGAAUAUGAACAGGAGAGGCCUGAACAGAAAGACAGGAGAUUUAAGCAGGUAGCUGGUUGCUAGGUCCCAAAUCCCCCUAGCAACCAUACAUUGAUUUGAAUAAGAGACUGGAAUAUAAAUAGGAGAGGCCUGAAUAGAAAGAUGAGGAAUAAAAAGUAGCAAUAACGAUACAUUUGUAGCCUUACAGAUCAUUUGUUUUU